AUGUUGCAUGAAUUAUUACUUGCACUGUACGGUAUAUCUGGUGGCAUCUUCAUUGAAUCUACAGAGAAAGGUGGUGAUAAUGAUGAUACAGAAUUGGAUAGACAUUUAAUACCUGUGGUGAAUGAUAAUCUUCUCCUUCCUGAAAGUGAACUUAGUCUACAAAGAGAACUAUUAAAACUAGGCUCAUGUUAUAAUUAUUUAAUAAAAUUUAUUGAAAAAUUUUCAGAGCCUAAUUAUGGCUUGUAUUUAUCAGCUUUCGCUUUUGGAAUUGAUGAUUCCCUUAAAGAAUACCGAGCAGAUUUAUGUACACUGGAGACUGAACUAUCGACAGAUAAAUCUAUGGGUGUUUCACAUUUAUCUUGUCGCCUACAUGCCUACAAGAUUUUGCUACCUGUACUUGUAAAAGUCACAAAAAAGGUUGAAAGUGUUGUUAUUAAUCCUGAAAUGAUGAAGCAUACUAGUUCAUCAAGUUGUCGACUUCUAGAUGUUAUAUUAUCUGCAACACCUCCUGGUCUUCCUGGUCCACGAUAUGUUAUGCGUAAGGUGGUAUCGCGUGUUAUGCAAGUAUUCUAUCGACAACUAUCUUCAUGGCUUAUCUAUGGUGUUCUGUAUGAUCCUUAUUCAGAGUUUUUCAUCAAAAAACUUGAGUCUAAUCAUAUUUCAGAUGAGAAGAAGAAACAACAACCAUUGUUUGUGAUAGACAGUCACUGCAUUCCUUCAUUUUUGCCUACAUCAUUUGCUCAAAGAGUAUUUGAAACUGGCCAGGCUGUUUACUCGGCUAGUCUUAAUCCUUCAGAGGCGUCAUUUAUCUUGGAGUUGGAAAAAGUGUAUAUUCCACGGUUUACAGAAAUGUCAACCUGUGUUGGUGAAGAUGUCAAUGGGAUCCAGUCAACUGAAAGCAGUUUGAGUAGCUUGAUUAAUGUCAAUGAAAUUGAUAGUCUUGUAUGUGAUAUCAAAAGUGUUGUUUUACAUCAUGUUUGGUGUAGUGUAAUACAACAGCAUAAAUGUAUUGAUUACCUUCGCCUGUUUAAAGAUGUCCUACUUUUAGGACGUGGUGAACUGUUUCUUGCAUUUCUUGAUCAGCUGAAUUUUAAGAGUAAUAGUUUUAACAAUAAUAAUUACAAUAAUAAUAAUAAUAAUAAUAAUAAUAAUAAUAAUAAUAAUAAUAGUAGCUGUAGCAGUAGUCCACGAAGCUCAAUCCAUUGGGGAGAGUUUGGAGAUAAUCUACUGGAUCAGACACCGCCAACAAAUGAAAAUGAAGUUGAAGCUCUUGAAUAUGAUAUUACUCAGGCGUUUCUUGCAGCUGCAGCACGUUGUCUAGGCUUAGACGAUGAAGAAUUAGACGAUCAAUUUAGGUAG